AUGUCUAAAGAGGUGAAGCUGCCCUUCCGGCUGGACGUGGAGCUGACGGAGGUGAUGCGCCUGCGGGUUCAGUCCCUGCAGCAGCGCGGCCAAAAAAGGCAGGAGGGCGAGCGCCUGCUGCAGGGCAAUGAGGCCGUGUACCGGCUGGACUUCUCAAACCAGUCCCUCCAGUUCUCACACUGGAAGGUGUGGCUGGCCCAGCCGGGCCGCCUCACCAUCAUGGGUACCUCGCAGCUCUGGACGCCUGACCUCACCAACCUGAUGACCCGUCAGCUGCUCGAGCCGGCAGGUGUUUUCUGGAGAGCAGCGGGCGAUGGGGACGACGCGCCGGUCCAGUGCUACGAGGCUGACGCUGACGAGUUCGGUGAGAGGAUCGCAGAGCUGGCCAAGGUGAGGAAGGUGAUGUACUUCUUGUUUGCAUUUUCAGAAGGCUGCAGCCCGGAGACGGUCGACUGCUCCAUCACCUUCACGGUGGACAAAUAA